CAAGAGAUACUAUCAAAAUAUGUAAUAUGGCGGAUAAACACGGCUUCUCUGUGAGAGAGAAGCAGAGAAAAGCGGCGAAUUUCAAGGCUCUUUGCCACACGGAGAAAGGACGAAGCGAUAUACGAGGAUUUUUAGAUGACAUCCUUAGUCUACAACAUUCAUUCGAUGCAGAAAGUCAAGAUUGGUGUUUGUGGCUAAUCGCUAGUGGAACACCUCCAGAGGAAUUUAAAAAUGUCUUGAGGUCAUUCGACUCGCCGACAAUCUGUGGUCUGGUGUGGAAUAGAAACUUUGUGGCAUACCGAUGCAGGGACUGUGGAAUCUCGCCUUGUAUGUCAUUGUGUGCAGACUGUUUUCACGCAGGUAAUCACGAAGGCCAUGAUUUCAACAUGUUUAAAAGUCAGGCUGGUGGAGCGUGUGAUUGUGGAGAUGAAGAUGUCAUGAAAUCAGACGGGUUUUGUAGUCGUCAUGGGAGAAAGGACACACAUGUUAUCAGAACUCCCCCUCCAGCACUGUUGGACAUGGCUAAAUUUGUUAUUCCAAGGUUGUGUUUAAGACUGCAACAACAGUUGAAAGAAUUGGAACCAUAUGCAACAGAUACACCAUCUGAUGACAUGAGUGAUGCUGAAGGCCUCUUUCAUUUCCUAGUUCAGUUGUGUGACACAAAUACUAUGAAAAAUGUCACCGCUGAAUCCUUGAUCAUGAAAAUAGUAGAAGUAGAAGGACUAUUUAUAAAGGACUCAAGAUUAUCGUUGACUACGUCCAGGUCACAUCAUGGCAUUGGACACUCUUCAGUUCACAGAAUGGACAGCUCAGACUCGUUUUCAAGUUUCUUGUCUUCUGACAGUGUUGACGAUGUUGUAAACAAAACAUUUUUGGACUUUUUAAUGGAUUUUGUGACACAAUUUGAAUUUCCACAGAAAGUAGUGACAUUUCUGCUUCAUUUUUUACCAUGUGCUAAAUACAAGGAAGCAUUUACCAGAGUAUUCUGUGAAAAUUAUCAGAAGAUUGCCAAAGCACUGGUUCUGAACAGUGAUUCUAGUGACAGUGUGGACCAAUUGUCAAACCGAGUGGUACAUGUCAGUGUGCAGUUGUUCAGCAACAAAAUCCUGGCAGAGAAAGUUGUUCGGGAGCAGAAUCUUCUUCAUGUAAUGGUCAAAGUGUUGCAUGACAUGGCAAGACCUGCUCUUGUGACUUUUAGGCGAGGAGGUACACCUAUUGCUUUUAUUAGAUACAUGUAUUUCAAACUAGGGUAAAAAAGGAAGCUUGUUGAACAUGAUGGCCCAAAAAGUUCAGCGGCAGAAACAAGAUUGUCAAAGUAUGUGUAGCCCUUUGCACCAUAACAUCAGCAUGCAUAUU